AUGGCGCCGGGUGCUCCUCCGGAUCCCGCCCGCGCGGCGGAGAGCAAUCUUCCUGCGAUCCUCGCUCCGAUCACGGUCAUGCUGGCUAUCUCGUUGGCCGUUUUCUCUGCGCGCCUGUAUUGCCGCUUGGUGGUCGUGCGGACGGCGGCGAGGGAUGACUGGACAAUGCUGGCGGCGAUGGCUUGCGCGAUUGGAGGAUGGGUGACCUUUAUCAUCAUGUCGGCUUACGGCCUGGGGCAUCACUCAGACACUAUAUCGAAACCCGACCUGAAGUCUCUUAAUGAGGCCAGCUUCUGGAACUCAAUUGUCCAGGCCAACUUGGCCAUUGCGUUCCUCAAGAUAUCCAUCGCCUUCAGCCUUCUUCGACUGAGCAAUAGCAAAUGGUACUUCUGGUCGUUGUGGGUGUCAAUUGGAUUCGUGGUGGCCUACACGAUCCUCGGUCUGAUGACAUUCUUCCUACAUUGCUUCCCUAUGGCAGGUCACUGGGACCAGAGUCUAGGGGCCAAGUGCUACCCGAUUGCACUUUUCAUCAAAUUUGCCGUGAUCAAUACCGCGUUCAACAUCACGACUGAUGUGUUCUACGCAACGAUCCCCAUCCCCAUCAUUUGGAAGUUGCAGAUGAAGAGGAAAACCCGGAUCUAUCUGAUUGGGAUUUUGAGUUUGGGAUACUUAUCUGGCUAUCGCAGCGCGGUCGUCAUGGGCAUCCUCAAAGCAAUCUACCAAAUUGCCUUUGGCAGCGACAAAGACAAGACCUUCCACCAAUGGGUCCAAUUCUGGGGAUUCAUGCAACUCAGCGUCGGCAUUAUCGCCGCCUGCGCGCCGACCCUCAAGCCCCUCGUCAGCAAGGCCCUCGGCCUCUCCGAGUACUCGACCAACGCCUACGGGAAAUACGGGUACGGGUCGCAGUCGCGCUCGCGGCGCGGCACCGGCGUGCUGGCAAGCGGCCACAACCGCCGCAGCGUCAUGCCGCACGCGAGCCGCGCCGGGCGCGGCGAGGUCUUCGAGAUGGAGGGCGGGACGCACGCGGGCUUCGGCGAGACGCGCAGCACGGCGGCGGCGGCCUCGGCCUUCUACAAGGGCGACGGCUCCACGGGGGAGCGGUCCGGCAGCGAGGAGUUCAUACUGGGCAAGGCGGACUCGGACGGGAAGGGCGGCAUCAUGCGCACGACCGAGAUCACUGUGCAUCGGUGA